AUGGAGUUUAAGUUUUAUUUUAUUGCGAUUAUUUUGAGUUUUUCAGUGUUGUGUUGGGCUGAUAAUUGUGCUGAUGAGCCUAUUCUUUUAGAUGAAGAAUUUAUAGGCUGUUGCAGGGGUCGCCCGAAAUAUACAUCGGAACCAUGUAUAGAUGUCUUAUUGGAGAAUGACACAUUCUCGGAAGAGUGUCUGUUAGAUUGCAUGUAUAGAGAAUUUGAAAUUUAUAAUGGUACUGAAAUUGAUUUAGUUGCAGUCAAAACCUUUCUGGAUGCCCAGAUAACGGAUGCUAAUUUUAAUUUAAUGUAUAACAAUGCAUUUGAAAUUUGCAGUAAAUUCGACAACAAGACUAUAGAGGAAACAUUUUCUUUCAUCAAAUUAAAUAAUAAUUAUGAGUGUGAUGUCUAUCCCAUAUAUAUGGAUAUAUGCGUAUGGUAUCAUACUUUGGCCAAUUGCCCUGAGGAUUAUGCAACAAACGAUGAGAAUUGCAUUAAUAAACAAACAUGGGUUAACGAGUGCUUAUUGAAAUCUUGA